AUGGCCCUUGGGCUAGUGAAAAACGGAUGCAAAGUGUACAUUGCUUCGAGAAAGGAAUCCGUUCUCAAAACAACGUGCAAGGAGCUGAAUGAAAUUGGACCUGGAACGUGCGAGUAUAUUGUAGCUGACUUGGUCAGUAAAGCAGCUUGCUAUGCAUUAUAUGAAGAGGUCAAGAAGAAAGAGUCCAAAGUACAUAUCUUGAUCAACAACACCGGGGUGACGUGGGGCGGGACUAUGGAAGACUUCCCUGAAGAGAAUGGCUGGAAUAAAGUCAUGUCUUUGAACGUCAAGGCUCCGUACUAUUUAACAGUGGCCUUCCUACCCCUCCUUGAAGCUGCUGCCGUCAGAGCAGUUGAUCCAGCAAGAGUGAUUAUGAUCUCGUCUGUUGGUGGAUUUGAUCCAAAAGCUGGCCAGGAGAUGCACCCUGCUGGAAUCUGGUCAUACGGAGCAUCGAAAGCUGCUUUAAAUCACCUUACAAGAAUCAUGGCCGUGACGCUUGCCAAGCGAUCGAUAACAGUCAAUGCCGUCGCACCCGCAACCUUCCCAUCUGGAAUGACUGCAUAUCAGCUAGUUGGAGCAAAAAAUCCUGAAAUAGCACCUAAUCAGCCAAUGGGGAGAAUUGGAAAAGUAGAAGAUAUGGCCGCAGUAGCAUUAUUCUUAUCUUCAAAGGCCUCUGCUCAUAUUACCGGCAUCAUCAUUCCAUUGUCUGGUGGUCAAGAAUUGGGCAUGUUGAGAGCUCCAAAGCCUUUUGAGCCAACUGCUUCAUUGUAG